UUCUUUUUUGUAUAUUUGAUGAUAUUGCAACUUUGUCUGAGAAGGUCAAUCUUAACAUACUGUCCUGUUACCUAAAUUAUUUUUUAGAUGUUAUUUGUUUAUUUUAAAUUUACAAAUGUUUGAUAAAUCACUAGAAUUUGCUUUUUAUCCUCAUGCUAUUAGCAUGUAUGCUAUGUGGCUAUAUUUCAUGUAUUUGCUAAUGAUAUGCUAAAAACUCAGUCCUGUUACCUUCAGUCCUGUUACUCAUAUAAACCAUAACAGGACUGAGUAAUAGGUAACAGGACUGAGUAUCAUCAUAUGGUGUAUUGAUUUAUUAGUGUGAAUAUAAGUUUAUGUAAUACAAUUUACUCAAUUUUUAAGUUUUACAGUUACUUAAGUUGUAGUUGUAGUUGUCAGUUUUACAAUGUGAAUACCAUGCUUACAGGGAGCCAAUCCACCACUAAGUGCUGCAGAAAAGCAGCGACUCUAUCGCGCUCAUCGCAAUGCAGACCCAGAGAGGAAACAGAAAUAUUUAGAGAGAGAAUGUGAAAAAUACAGGAGGGACAUUGAGUCAGGCAGGAGGAAACUAAUCAGUGACCUCAGUCAGAGAGCAAAGCGAAGACGUCGCAGACAGUGGAGGGAGGAUUACCAUAGGAUCAAGGACAGGAAAGAAGCCCUCCAACAUCUCGUCACCCCUCCGCACAGCCCCCAGUUAUCACCAGAGCAAGCAGUACAUCCAGAGCCAAGCACUUCCAGGCAACAUGAUCAAGGGCAGAGAAGAAUCCGGAAAACACGAAAGAAGCUUCAUAAACAAAUUCAAGAACUAAAGGUUCUGUUGAAAAAAGAAACCAAAAAAACACAAAAGUACAAGAAAAAACUCCAACGCAUUAAAAAGAAAAAUGCAUCUCCACGCACAAAGGUAAACAAAAAAUUGAAAGAUGUUUCAAGUGUGGCCAUUCGGAAGACUCUUUUGUUUCAUGAAGCUCUGGUGGAGGACAUACGAAACAAUUACAAAAAUGCACAGGGGGAGAGGGAAAAGCAAAUCGUUUCAAAAGUGAUAACAGGAAAAGUUCUGAAAAAGUACAGAAUGCAACGCUUAGCUCAAAAUUCAUUUGGCUUUUCAAACAAAAGAAACAAUGAGAAGAAUACGGUUAAUUACACCUACCAGCGGAAGCGGAACAACAGGAUUGCGGAUGUUCUGAUAAGUAGAGUGAGGGCUUUUUACUCAAGGGAUGAUGUGAGUCGCAUCACAACUGGGAAGAGGCAGACCCUCACUCAGAAGAAAAACAAAAAGCAAAAACGAUUCCUUUUGGAUACCAUGAAAAAUUUACACAGGAAGUUUUUGGCUGAAGAACAAAGCUCCAUCUCUUACUCACUCUUCUGUAAGCUCAGACCUUUUUGGGUUGUUCAUCCGACUCUGAGUGAUCGGGACACAUGCAUGUGCAAGAUGCAUGAGAAUCUGGGUUUUCUUGUCCAGAAGUUACACUACUUGAAAGUAAUCAGCACCAACAAUCUGGAUAACCUUGUGAAAGAGAUCUCAUGUGAGACAGAAAAUGUGAAGUGCAUGUAUGGAGAAUGUUCUGCGUGCAAGGACCUCUCUUGCCCAGUCUCUACAGAGUACAAUCCAGAGAAUAAAGUGUCUUAUAUCCAGUGGGUAAUUGUGGAAAAGCAGCACAAGAAUGAUCCCAAUGGCAAAACAUCUAAAAUCACAAUCAAAAAAGAAUUCCAUACCACUCAAGAAGAAAUGCUGGAACAGCUAAACCUGCUGCUGCACAGGUUCAAGAGACACACUUUUAACAUUAACAAUCAGUUUACCCACUACAGGGCAUUGAGACAAAGCUUAAAAGCACAUGAAUGCUUAAUUCAUGUUGACUUUUCUGAAAAUUACCUCUGCAAGUACAGCAAAGAAAUACAGGCCGUCCACUUCGGAGCAUCACAUCAGCAGGCAACACUGCACACAGGUGUGCUUUAUGUGCAUGCAGCCCCUCACCCGAUGUCCUUCUGCACAGUGUCACCCUCAAGAAUAAAGGGCCCGCCAGCAAUCUGGCAGCACCUGUCCCCUGUGCUAGACUAUGUGCAGAGUGUAUAUCCGGAGGUGUCCACUAUCCAUUUUUACAGCGAUGGCCCUUGCACUCAAUACAAACAAAGGGGUAAUUUGCUCUUGUUUUGUACUGAGCUCUUCAGGCAAGGAUUCACUGCUGGUACUUGGAACUUUUUCGAGGCGAGCCAUGGGAAGGGUGCCCCAGAUGGUGUGGGAGGGGCCCUGAAGAGGAGAGCGGAUAGUCUGGUGAGCCAAGGAAGGGACAUUACUGAUGCUGCAGAGCUGUUUGAGGUGUUGCAAGAGACAAACACAAAAAUCAAGCUGUUUUUUGUCAGCGAGGAAGCAGUUGAUAAAGCAGUUUUGGAGAUGCCCAAUGAUGUGCCACCAAUUCCGUCCAUUAUGAGGAUCCAUCAGGUUGUGUCUCUAGCCCAUGGAGUACUGAUAUACAGGGACGUCAGCUGCUUGUGCACAACAACACAAAAUCUGAACUGUGGGUGCUUUAAUACAAAGCAUUUCAAGUUCAGCAACCAGCAGACGGCUCCCAUGGCUCCCACAGUGACAGAAGAUCAGUGGCAAAGUCUUGAAGUUGUUGGUAAAUGGUGUGUGCUGAAGUACGAUGGUGAUCUAUACCCUGGAGUCAUCACAGAUAUAAGUGAAACGCAAGUUGAGGUCCGCUGUAUGCAAAAGAUUGGGGUCAACAGGUUUUUCUGGCCAGCCCGUGAAGACAUUCUUUGGUACUUGUUUGAGGACAUUGUGUGUAUCAUCCCACCCCCGAGGCCAGUCACAGGUCGUCACAUGGAAAUUGAGAGAGAAGUCUGGGCCAAACUAGAAUCAGCUUUUUAGAAAGGGUCAGACAAGUUUGUUUUCAUGAAUUCAGUGCCAUUCUAGCUAAAACACUGUUCGGUGUAUUUUCUGCAACUGAACAUUUUUUGUUUUGAACGUGAAGAUGGAGAGAACCCAAGAGCCAGGAACACCCACCAUGGCACAUACACCCGCCACACUUCAUCUCCAUUCUCUCAGUCUCUCCUUCUUUGUCUCCUUCUUUAUCUUUCCAUCGUUUUUGCUGACAAACUACAAGCAUGUUCCUUUACGUUCCUUCACAUCUCUCUCACACACAAGCCAUGCACACUCACAGACACACACACACACACACACACACACACACUCACUCACUCACUCUCUUUCUCUCUCUCACACACACACACAGAGAGAGAGAGAGUACAGAUACUCAGUCCUGUUACUCAGCGUUCAUUCCUGUUACGCAAUGUUCAGUCCUGUUAUUAAAUUGUUUUUCUCUAAAAAAUAAAGAUAAACCACUGUUUUUCUCAA